UAGCAAGGAAGUAUAUCACCCACCCACACAUGACAAAAAAGUACAAACUUGUGCCUUCUCUCUGAUAUUCAAUCUUUCGACUUCUUCACCCAUCAAAAAUGGAGCCGAUCACGGACCAACCAAUGGACCAACCAAAGCAAAAAGUGAAGAUUCCCUGCAAUCAUAUGUUACUCUACAUACAUUUGACGCAAUCAUAUAGUUAUUGUGCAGUAUGCAAUGGAGAUUAUGGCUUAUGCUAUUACUGCUCAAGAUGCAACUUUCAAGCGCAUUCAGAAUGCAUCGAGUGGCCAGACACCAUCGACCACCCGAGUCAUUCCAGACAUCCUCUCAAGAAAGUCUCCCCCGGGACAAUUGACUAUACAGAUGGCAAAUGCCAUUUUUGUAGAGAAGAACUUGUUGAUCCCAUGUAUCAUUGUUCUUUAUGUAACUUCAGCAUAGACGUGAAUUGUUGGAGGCAUCCGCCACAACGUACUAUAUAUCAACCAAAGAGCCACGAGCAUACAUUCACCCUCAUGCCGAGAAAGAUCACAUUCACUUGUAACGCAUGCGGGAUGCUUGGUGACUGCAAUCCUUACUUUUGUUUUGAAUGUGGUUUCAUGCUGCACAAAGACUGCAUCGAUUUGCCCCGAGUGAUCAACAUCAACCGUCAUGACCACCGCAUUUCUCGCACUUAUCAUCUCGGCCACGGCGAUUGGGGUUCAUGUGGUGUUUGUCGUAAAGAAAUAGAUUGGAGUCUUGGAGCUUACUCUUGCAAGCGUUGUCCUAAUUAUGCUGUUCAUUCAAAGUGUGCCAUAAGGGAAGAUGUGUGGAAUGGAGAAGAACUAGAAGAUGUGCCUGAAGAAGAAGAAGAAAUCGAAGAUCCAUACAAGGUAGUAAAUGAUAAGGAAAUCAUUCAUUUUUGUCAUGAAGAACAUAAUCUAAGACUUGGUGGUGAUGAUGAUGUUACCGGUUAUGAAAAGAUGCUGUGCGACGCUUGCAUCACUCCCAUCAGUUCUGAUCCAUUCUUCAAAUGUGUGCAAUGCGAGUUCUUCCUUCAUAAAGUAUGUGCUAGUCUUCCACGGAGGAAACGAAAUAUCAUGCACACCGAGAAGCUUGAUCUACAAGUUACGAAGGCUGGCGAGUAUAAUAAGUGUAUAUCUUGUAGAAAAAUAUUUGAUGGCUUCCGGUACUGUUCAAGGUUUGAAAAGUUUGAUGUGCGGUGCGGCUCCAUUUCCGAGCCUUUUCACCAUGAACUGCAUCCCCAUCCCUUAUACCACAUUUUGUCAGCAGCCGAAAAACUUAAGCUUUGUGGAGCCUGUGGUAAAUAUUUACACUAUGUCUUAAGUUGUACUGUUUGUGAGUUUAAUUUAGGCAUGGAUUGUGCCACUUUACCAAGAAAAGUGAGACACAUAUGCGACGCUCAUGAUUUAUCGCUGCAUCAUGUCCCUGGGAAUUCAAAAGGUCAACAACUAUGGUGUGAUAGUUGUGAGGGAAAGCUAGAUCCGAGCGUAUGGUUUUAUGGAUGUGAUGAUUGUGGGUCAACUCUACAUAUCAAAUGUGUACUUGGAGACUUUAAUCACUUAAAGCCAGGGAAAAAAUACGGGGAAGCUGAACUAGUCGUCAACGAUGGUAUGACUAGACCUUUUUGCAUAUCGUGUAAAAAACGUUGCAGCUUCCCUUCCUUCCUUAAGGCUACUUGUCCAAAUACUUUGUGUGAACAACGUUGGGGGUUCCCUUCCUUCCUUAAGGCUGCUUCUCCAGAUUCAUUUGUUCUGUUCGCUUGUUCAAUGGACUGUGCAUACGAUAAAUACUUCAUGUUGUGGUUUUAUGAAGUUGAUUAUUAAACCUUGAGUAUGUCUUAAAGGCCACCGCAAGGCAUCUAUUUUCGAAAGCGGAAAGCUAUAAUGAUGUAAUUUCCUUCAUAUCUUCUUUUAUCUUUAUCCCCUUCUUCUUUUUUUACCUUAAUAGUUUCAUGUGUUUUCAAUUCUUCUAGAUUUUGAUUAAUUUGUAUUCCAAUCCUAUUUGGAACUUGUUUCGGUUGUUUUGGAAUUGGAUCAUUUUCUCAACUUUUUAAUUGUCUACUAAUAAUAUUACAUAUAUGGUUUAAGUAAAAAUAAGAGGUCUGCAUAAAG